CCUGUGUACAGCCAAUAGUCGCUGCAAUAUUCCUGACUUUCCACAACUGCAAUAAUGAUAUCAGACAUCUGGAGCGGAGACAUUGCACUUUCCGAUCAUGAAGUGAUCAAAGACAUUGUUUUCGCGGCUCAGAAUCUUGCCCUGUCGUCUGCGUUCUCUGAUGUCUCACUACGUUUUCUUGCUACAGUAUAUACAGCUCAUAUCCCCUUGUAUCUAGCGGCUGGACCGAGCCUAGAUGUCUGGACUACGAACGAGUGUACUUCGCAAUGGUUUCAGUCGAUUUUGCUUAGUCAAGCAGAUGCAAUGCCAGCAUCAAUUGCGCCUGAGCCAGACGCGCAGCAUUGGUGGUGUAAAGCACGCUCCCAAUCCCCAAUUGGAAUUCUUGUUCAAGUCAAUGGGCAUGUUCCUGGAAAAGGAGAGAAUAAUGUGACCGAGAUUCUGUUUUAUGGUACUGUUGCCACACCUGUGAGCGCAAAUUUGCCCACACCUCCCCCAUCAUCGGCAGAAGCGCUCUACGGAAAUCCAGAGCAUUUAUCCGAACUUCAUGUGCACGCUCUCCCGCUUUCAUCUGAACGCUGGCACAUAGAGGCGAGCUCAGAGAAUGAUAAUCUAUCACAUUCUAUGGGUAAGCACGACUUAGACAUCGAACCUCAGUUUCUUCCAGCGAAAAACGAAAUGGUGGACGUACCCUCUCCCAAGAGGAAGAAGGACAUAUUCGAGGAGGCAAAUCAACUACGCAGCAAAAAGAAAAGGCAUAUGGGUGAAAGUAUUGCCGCAGCUGCUGCGAAAACAAAUGAACUGCAAUCCGUCUUCAGGCAUGGCAGAUCUGUGUCGAUUGACACAAAAGGCUAUUCAGCAGACUCGCGACCAACUUCGGCACAUGCGGCAAUCUCACGGCCACAGUCUAUGCGAUUAUCUAGAUCUCCCAGUGUCAGCUCUGAUACACGCCCAUCGAGCCGCAAAGAGUCUCACGAAAUGCACGUGAAACGAUCUACGCUCUCCCAAAUGGAGACUGUCUCGGCUGCUUCAGAAGAGCCAACCAUCGAAAGUCGUAAUAAGGAUGCACUUUCUAGGGUCGUCAUGGCGGCGAUGCGUAUGCAUGGGUUGCAGCAACGGAAGAAAACUAAAUCCAGGCGUACCUCUGUUGCACCUAGUGUCAAGUCAAUGGAGCAAUUCAAUGAAGAGAUUACGGCCGAGGAGGCCGCGAAGGACGAGGAGUUCAAACUCAUCUAUCACCAAACUUAUAAAGGCGCUGCCCUUGCACUAAGAAAGCACAUGGCCACCAAAUCAUUGCAUUUUCAACCGGAUCGACUACGCGAUGUUGUCGAGAAGCUUUUAAUGAUUUUCUGUACAGAUCCACUCACCCAGCCUCUUCCUCUUGACGACACAACCGACAUCCUCGCUACUCCUGGGGGUUCAAAUCAAUUGAAGGUACCUGGAUCUAGUCAUAGUAGGGCUAGUCCAUUCGAUCUUCCUAGCGGUAGGGCACUUGCCGCUCUAAAGCAAACCCAUCAAGGUCCGAUUCACACUGGUUCGCCUGUUCCAAAGGGUGUAGAACAAACGGACUACUUCGGAGCCUUUGAAUGACCAAUUCUCACUACUGCUUCAUAAUUACAUCUUGCAAGCUAUUUUAUAGAGGCAGGUUUUUGAUUGAACCCUUUCAAGUACGAUGUUAAGGGCACUACGGAAUUAUAUAAAGCAGUUCGAAAUCGGCUGGCCCCUGCGAUGUUGAUCUUCUCUUCCAACAAGAUCGAGCCACAUUGGCCCACGUUCGAUAGGCAUGCAUUGAACAGGCCUUCGACCUUUGAGCUGUUGUUGAUCCUAUCGACCCAAA